AUGGCCGACUCACAGGCCUCCGUAAUCGUACAAAGUGCCCUCAAAAGGGCGGUUCCUGAUAUAUCUCCCACUUCUACUGAUGUUUUAGACGCGUCGAACGACGUGUCUGACCAUUCGGCUAAUAACGGAAUUGUUCCUCAGUACCACUACCACGGUUUAGCAACUACCCAGAGCCCUGAAAGCAGUGAUCCCGCACUAAACGCGACAACAAAGCUUAACAACCGCCUACCACCCACUCUCCCUCACGACGAAUGUCCACCGUUUGACAAAAGAAAGCUCAUGGGCCAGGGCACCAUUCUCGUUGCCUCGACGCCGACACCCUCAGCCUCUGACGGCCUCCUUUCCCCGCUUCCAAUGGACGAAGACGACGAAUCACAGGCGCAGUCGCAGUCGCAGUCGCAUUCCUUCCAAUACCCCGCACCGCUCCCUGAAAGCAGCCAGGAUGCAGCUCUCUGCAUCGACCUCUACACAAAUUUCACCCCACCGGAUGCUCGACGGACGCCAAGCGAAGAUGGCAUCCGACCAGAGUCACCAGAAGAGGAUUUGGAGCCAACACAGAUUGUCGAAACCCAGAUUGUGGCAACCCCAAUAGUCGCCACUCAAAUUGUCGACCCUCCUCCCCCUUCCUCUCCACCCAAGAACCCUGUUCCACUUGAUGUUCCAAUUGGGCAACCGCGAUCGCUGUUAGACUCUCUCGAUUCCGACAAACGUCAGCGCUACGCGCACCGCGACCAGCGUCAAACGAAUUUUCCUCCGAGUCCUGACUGGCAAGAAACCCAGCUCGUAACUGAUGCCGACAGAGUGGACUGGCCAAAAAUGGAUGCUGUUCUACAACACACCGCCGCCCACUCAGAUAAUGAAACCGAACCUGACCGCAUUAUUGAUGCUGUCGAAGCUAAGCCACCAAUUCCGGAUAUCCAAAGUCUGAAACAAGAAGAAGAGGAGGACGAAGACGAGCCUCCCAAGCCUGUCCAGCCCCGAAAACGCAGCCGCCCCAAGGCGAAGCCGGCCGCCAAAGCGUCAAGCGUCCGCAGUCGCAGAAAAGGUGGUACAAAGAGCGACGAGGCACCCGAAACCGAUGGCGAGACUCUCGCAACAGAAACAGUCGCGGAUGAGGAAGAAUAUGCGGACCCAGGUCCUUCCGGCCGUAAACGCAAGCGCCAAACGAAAACAGAAGGGUCUGCUGCCCGUCGUUCCAAGGGCCCAAAACGGGAAAGUGCACCACCGGACUCUACUGCUCGUCGUCAUUCUAGGCGAAUACGCGGCGGCACGCGCGGGAACUUGUCAGAGCCCGGCGGUGUGCGUGUCUUCGCUCAAUGGCAGCAGGGGAAUUACUACCCAGGUCGUGUUGUAACCAAAUCCGGAAGUUCCUAUGCAGUCCGAUUCGAUGAUGGCACGGACGAGUGGAUGAAACUUUCCAAGAUACGCCGCUUUGAAUUACGCCCUGGCGAUAAGGCUGCACUCAAAGGUGGCGGGGCCGGGGGAAAACUCGAAGUACUGAAUGUCUCCAACUUCCCUACGGUCAAGGUCAAAUUCAACAAGGAUAAUCUUGUCGACGACAUUGACGUGUCCGAGUUAUGGAUCACGAAAGGAGUCGUAGCUUCUUGGGGCGACGACCGGCGACUGGAGGCCCAAGAUGUCGUAAUCCCUCCACCUACAUCGAGCACCGCCUCAGUUGGACAGAUAAAAGUUGUUGGUAAACCGUUCGACCAGAUCACGUUCUGCCUAUCCCACUUUGAUGAGCCCUAUAAAACGCAACAUAGCCGCAAGAUUCAAGGUGGUGGAGGCACCGUUGUGGAUAAAUGGAACGCAAUUAUUGCAACGGGAACGGAAACAAGGGACGCAAAUCAGUCUAAGUUUACUCUGAAAUCACAAGAUGUUUCCGUGACUUGCGGCGAGAGCAAUCGUAUCUUCCUGCUGGCUGCCGCUGCUACUCGCACCCCGAAGUAUCUGUUUGCACUGGCGCUUGGUAUCCCCUGUCUGGAUAUCGAUGUAAUUGACCACUCUAUCGAAGAGGACGAGUUUCCCGAAGAUUGGAGUAGGUUUCUCCUCCCAGGAGGGUCGUUGUCCCAUGCUGUCGAUGGGAAACAUUUCACGUACAGCCAGUUCGUUGCGACGAGCAGCCUCGCGUACGAUGUCAGUCGUCUGUGGGAUCUUCCAACAGCUUUCAAGCCAUUCAGCGGCAAAUCGAUUCUCUGUGUGGGAACUGGAAUCUUCUCACAGUCUAAGACUGAUAAUCCACUGGAAUGCAUCCCGGACACCGUUUUAGCUAUGGGUGCUAGCAUCGUGAAAGCAGUCGAGCGUCUAAAUUCCCGGACGACUGAUAUUGAUUCGUAUGAUUGGGUUGUUGUUGAAACCCAGGACCUGCAAAAAGGGAUACUAAAACAACAUCCGAAGUGCGUGACCUGGAAUUGGGUCAAAAGACGCUCUCAUUGCGCGGAGAAUUUGAACUGA